UUUGGAGAGUAUUGUUUCCUUGGCAGCCACUGGCAUUGUUUGAGGCGAAACCAUUUUGAUCAGAGGAGGGGGAAGAAUUGAUGAGAAACAGAAUGAAAGUGCAGACCAUUUGACCCGGAGGAGAGAGGCAGCAGUGGUUGUGAAAUCGGAUACAGUCCCCAGAGUCAGAAGAGGCAGCAGCUGCAGUUGGAGGCAGUCGGGGGGAAAAGUCAUCCUCCACCUCCAGGCACACUAGCCCGCCCUUGAGUCCCAGAUUUCCUUCCUGCUGGAAUUGCUUUGGAUGGGUUUCUGGCGCUGUUUGCUUGGCAGCCGCUGUGUGCUUUCUCGCCACUUCAAGAAGAAUGUGGACCAUUGACAAAGAAAAGUGUAACAUGUUAAGUCACUCUUGAGAGACCCGAAAAUGCCUGCAGUGGAGAGCGAAGCCAAGGCAAAAACCAAGGUUCGCUUUGAAGAAAUAUUCAGGAACCAUCCUGGCUUAACAGAUAACAAGAAGGUAAAGAAGAAAACAUUAAGCCCUCAGGAGAAUAUUGUGCUUGAGACAUUCAAAAAUCGUCUUGAUCUAACCAAAGAAAGCAAAAAUGAUGAGGUAAUUAUAAAUAACACUUAUAACCCUGAGGAAAGGAGUCCACGGUUUACAAAAAACAAGCUGAGAGACAAGGCCUCAGUUGCGGAAAAAAUAAAUAAUAAUGUUGUUAGUGGAGAAGAAAGCAAGAAAGCGAAGUCUAACAAGAAGAAGAAAAAGGCAGUGUUACAAGAACAACUUAAUGAGGAAGAAAAUCUAUCUGAAACUAAGUUAGACAGUUUUGAAAAACAGCUUCAUGUUUUUUCAAAGAAAAAACCAAAAAGUGUAUUACAGGCAGAUGCACUCCAUCAAAAAGGGUACAGCAACAUAAAAAGUGCCUUGAAUGAAGUGAGAGAGGUAUCUGAAUUAGAUGAGGAAGAACAGUUAAUUCAAGCCUAUCAGCAGCAAGUGGCUGAGGAAGAAGCCAAUGCAAUUAAGAAGAAAAUAAAAAAGAAACUUAAGGAACAGAUGUCUGAAUUCACCUCCAGUGUUCAAAGCCAUGAAGUGGUAUUGAACAAUGAAGUGGGCAAAAAGAAGAAAAAGAAAAAAGAAGUGCCGGUUGUUUCUGAAGCUGAAACAGUUGCAGUGUCCCUCUCUGAACUACAGAAUGGCCCAGAAGAAGAGAAUAUUAGCCAAAAGAGAUCACUGGAAAGACUACUCAUAUCAAAACCUAACGAGGACGAUGUGUUAGCAGGGCAACAAGAGCUGGAGGAUAAUGCUGAUAACCAGAAAUCUAAAAGAAAUAAAGCAAAACGAAAACCCAGAAAAGCAUUAGAAGAAAAUACAGAAAGCGCUGAAGAAAAUACAUCGUGUGUGGCUGCUGGAGGUGUUUCAGAAGAAUCAAAACCUGCUUUUGAUGAUAGCCUCAUUUUAGGUGUUUACAUCCAUCGAACUGAUAGGCUUAAAACUGAUCUCAUGGUAUCGCAUCCCAUGGUGAAGAUUCACGUGAUUGAUCAAACAACUGGUCUGUAUGUAAAGAAAGAGAAUAGCAGCCGAGCAGUUUCAUCUUACUAUGAAGAAGCGACAGUGGAACAUAUUCUUCCCAUUAUGACCCAGCCUUACGAUUUCAGACAAUUUAAGUCAACACUUCCAGAAUGGGAGGAACAAAUCAUUUUCAAUGAGCGUUUUAACUAUUUUGUUCAAGAUGCAGAAAGAAGUCCAAGAGUAAUCCUGUUUUUUGAGGUCCUUGAUUUUUUAAGCAUGGGUGAUGCAAAGGCCAAUUCUGAGGGUCAAGCUAAGGAAAGCGGUUUUCGGAAAAUCUGUUGGGCAUUUCUAAAGCUUGUAGGUGCAAAUGGAGUUCUGAAUGUUGGUGGGAAACUACGUCUUCAACUCUAUUAUCCUCCUCCAAGGUCCAGGACACAACUAAAUGUGGAGGUUUAUGACUGGUGGGCAAAAUAUCCCAGAAUCCGGUAUCCCUCAACACUUUAUGUAACUGUAAAAGGCAUUAAAACUCCGGAGUGUGUAGAUCCUUCUUUGCGUUCCAUGAUGCCUAUUCAGCAGGAAUUUCAUUCUCCAUCAUUAUUAGACGUGGAGAGUGAAAAAUCUAAAAAAGUAAAUGAAUCUGGACAACUGGUGAAGAAGGAGGAACCAUUUAAGUGGUCAAGACUUCCUGGACAGGUUUGCCGCAUACCAAACAAACAUCUGUUUUCCCUGCGAGCAGGAGAUAUGGGAUGUUUCUGUAUUCGUUUCUCUGAAGAUGGCCGAACAUUGGCAGCAGGUUGUGCAGGCAGAGAUGGUUAUCCUAUAAUUUUAUAUGAGAUUCCUUCUGGACAAUACUUGAGGGAAUUCUAUGGACAUCUGAACAUUGUGUAUGAUAUUUGCUGGUCAAAAGAUAAUCAGCAUCUUCUUACUGCAUCCUCAGAUGGCACUGCAAGGAUGUGGAAAAUUGAAGCCCAGGUGACAUCAGCUAUGAAAGUUUUCCCUCAUCCUUCAUUUGUCUACACUGCUAAGUACCAUCCAGUAGUUGGGUAUAUUGUAGUAACAGGAUGCUAUGACUCUGUGAUUAGGGUGUGGAAUGCAAAAGUGAAAGAAAUUCAUGGUCAGCUUCUACAAGAGUUUGAUGGUCACAGGAGUUUUAUCAAUACAUUGUGUUUUGAUGUAGAAGGAUUCCACAUGUUCUCUGGAGACAGCACAGGGCUGAUAAUAAUCUGGAAUACUUUUGUUAAAGGGAAUUCUCAAUCUCCAACUCAGCACUGGGGCAUUGAUAAGGAGAUAUUAGAAGAUGAUAUUAAAGGAACAGUAAUCACUCAUUUGGAGGUACAUCCAAAUGGAAGACGUUUAUUGAUUCAUGCCAAAGACAGCACUGUGAGAAUCAUGGAUCUCCGAAUCUUUGCCACGAAGAAAUAUAUAGGUGCUACAAAUUAUCGUGAGAAAAUUCGUAGUACCCUAACACCAUGUGGAACAUUCCUUUUUUCUGGAAGUGAAGAUGGUAAAGCAUAUGUGUGGAAUCCAGAAACAGGUGAUCAAGUAGCCAUGUAUUCUGAUCUGUCCUUCACAUCUCCACUUCGUGAUGUUGCCUUUCAUCCACAUGAACAUAUGGUGUCAUUUUGUGCCUUUGGUCAAAACCAGCCAAUACUUGUGUACGUUUAUGAUUACAAAGUUGCCCAGCAGGAAGCUGAAUUAGUAAAAGACCUUAGAGGAUCACAUCUAUUAUCAGCAUCUCCCAGAGGCCCACAAAUUCUUAGCAGUUCUGCUGAUAUUUCUGCACAAAAUGAUUCAAUAAUGUCUCCAGCUGACCAGUUCGCCAAUGUUGCAAAAGUAUCCAUGAGAAUGAAAAAAGUCAAACAGAAACUGGAUUCUGUUAUGGCUAGUUCCAGUCCCUUGCUUCCUAGUCCAUCUCUGCUUUCACCACACUCCAAAUUAAGACUGGCAAACACACUGGGUGAACCACGGAUUCCUCUGUAUCCUCUUCCUGCUCAUAGCGGGAGCUUCAUCCCAGUAGGAAAUCCUUUUAGCCAAACACCAUCCACUGGACUACACACGAGUGCUGAGUUUCCAGCUGGGUUUUAUGGAGGAGACACUAGUUCAAUCCCUGUCCAAGAAACAGUAGUGGCUCUUUAUGACUACACAGCGCAUCGAUCAGAUGAGCUAACCAUCCAUCGCAGUGACACUAUCCAAGUGUUAUACAAAGAUAAUGAUAACUGGUGGUUUGGCAGCCUGGUGAAUGGACAGCAAGGCUAUUUUCCAGCCAGUUAUGUGGUUGGUGAAACCCAAUACAAAGAACAAUUGCCUUCAGGAUUAGUAGAAGACUCCACUCCUCUUCUACCCACUGACCCAGCAGAAGCAGCAGCAUCACCAGUUAUAUCUGAGAUGUCAGCAGUCAUCAGCAAGUCAGGAGACCAAAGAUUUAUUUCAGAGAAUGACACAGAGAUAGACUCCCUCGCCAUACAAGCCACAAAGAGGAAGACAAAGAAGAAAUGCAUACAAACUAAUGAAAUAGAAUACCAGGCAGAUGUAAUUGUGCUUGAUGGCUUUCCAUCUAAUGGUGUUGUGGAUGAACCUAGGAAAGACAUGACAAAGAAGAAGAAGAAAAGGGUUGUCAAGAUCCCAAGUGCAAGCGGAACUUCAAAUGAUGCCUUUGAACCAGACUCUCUCAAGCCAUAGUCUUCAUUUUGUUCCUGAAUAUUGAUUUCAUUUUUAAAGUAUUGGGGAACAAUAUGGAAUUGCUGUUUAUUGUGGAAUGAUAACCUGAUGUGGUUAAGAGCAGGAAGUAUUGUAAAAUACAUAUUUGCAAUACUUCAUUAAGAUUGUAAACUAUUAGAUAUUUAUCCACUAGAUAUUUGGAUAGACCAUUAGAUGUUUAUCGUCAUGUGGGAGGCCAAGGAGUUAAGGGUAUGAAGUUCCACUGAAACUCAGACAAGUUAAAGCAUCAAGUAUGACUUCAGUAUUUCCGUGCCAGUGGAAAGCACUUUGAAAUAGUGUAUUAUUUAUACUUAAUGAACUGUUUAUGAUUCGACCUUUUCAUAUUGGACUUCUUCGAGAUGAAAUAGAAUAAGAAUAGUUCUUCUGAAGUUGAAGAGUGACAUCAUGAGUAAAGGCAGCAGAAUCAGGGCCACAGUUAAUUUAGACCAUGAAUUACAGAGACACAAUGCAGCUGGGACAGUGGCAAAUGUUCUAGAAGGUCUGACUUUGGUGCAAAUAAAGGCUUGAAAUGUUUGUGCUUAAUAUAGGGUAACUCUGAAGGAAUUUGAGCAUUAGAAAAAAUACCUCCCCCACUCCCAUAUUCUCUUUUAUGUCUUCCUAUUACAUAUGUAUGUAGGACUAGCUUUUGCAACUGUCUCUCAUUGUGGUGAGUAUCUGCAAACAGGAGUAAAUUAUAAUAUUCAAAAUUCAAAUUUUAAUCCUUCUCUGUAUGAGUAAAUGCAAGUUGCCAUAAUUAAGAGAUGCAAGAAAGAGCUUUUAGUAUAUCAAUUUUUAAAACUCAUGUUUUAAAUCUAUAUUAUUAAUGCAAAAGGUUUUGCAAAAUGUUGUAUUUGCUACACUCAAAGCAGCAUUGCCAAAUUUAUUCUUCUUUGUUUUGAAGAACUGUUUAACUCCAAAAUAUGGGUGGGGCACAUUUUUUGUAUAGUAUAUUUUCGUGCUCAGGUGUAACUGUUUUUAAAUUAAGAAGCAUUAAGUUGUGAACAAUUUAUUAAUGAAGAUUUCCGGUAACUUUGUUUAUGAUCCUCUCAUGUAUAUAUGUUGACUGCGGAUGUCCAAGUUAUUUAUACUAUAUUAGGAAAUUCUGCCCCCUUCCUUUCUGAAGCAAUAAAUAAUAUAAAAUUAGAAA